GCUGCUAGUGUACUCUGAAUUUUUUGUGUCAAUUGAAUUUUUAUAAUUAGUGAUACAGUGUGUGAAAUCAGUAUGAUGUGAAGUUGUGAAUAUCAGUCUGUUCUUGUAGAUUCUUAUGUCACACUAAAGAAUACAUGACACGCUAGGAUAUGAAAUUUUCCAUAUAUUGAUACCUUUAACUGUGCUAUGCUUUUGAUUUCCCAAAUGGCAAUGUGAAUGAAAUACAAGACAGGAUUCAUAGUUUAAAUCAUAAACGAUGAUAGCUUACUAUUUCUGAAGAGAAAGUAUUUCAACGUGGAUGAUCAAAGCAAAUUUUGACAAUUCUUCGUCAACAUAGAAACGUGAAUGAGUAGUCAAAUCUAGCCCUACCUGCUCCUUAAUUUAAAAGGACAUUCCUCUUUAUCUUUUAAAACAAGCAAUCCUCCAAGAUCUUGAAAAUGAAUGCAGUAGUAUGUUUUUGUCAUUUUUGUGAGAUCCAUGGACCUAGAAUUGUUUAUUGUACUCAACCUUUCCGACCUCAAGAACCCAAGGGUUUAUUGGAGUCAGAAGAAGGUGAGACUAAACGUGUAAAAUCACCAUCAGUAAGUUCUGUAUGUUCUGAUACAGUCAGUACUCAAACUGGUGCCGGUACAGGAACACCAUCACUACCAAGUAUGAAAAAUGACAUCUGUGAGGGAUGUUACUCUGUAAAGAAAGGUUUUGUAAGUUAUGAUGAAGGUGGUCAAGUGAGUUAUGUUAGUACUCAACAUCCUAAUAAUCCGCAAGUGUUCAGUAGAAUACGACAAGCUUGUAUUAGAAGUCUAAGUUGUGAGGUUUGUCCUGGACGUGAGGGCCCAAUAUUUUUUGGAGAUGAUCAAUAUGGACAUGUAUUGAGUUAUACAUUUUAUAUAAAAGACAGUAAAGCUAGAGGGCUACGUAGAUCUUAUAGUAUUAUCGUUGUCAUGAUGGACAAAAUAUAUUUAUUGAAUUCAUGGCCAUUUUUAGUUCCAAAUUUACAAACUGUGGUAAACAAUCUUCAGAAAAAAGCAGAAAUUGUACAUGAAAAUGAAAUAGGGAAGAAAUCACAAGGUGACCGAAUAUUUACACAUCAUGGUAACCUUCUGCAGCGUGUAAAUUGUAAACCAGCCAGAUCAUUGAUAGAAUUAACUAAUGAUAAAAAUGUUUUUGUAUUGUUACACUUGGCAUUUGUAUGGAUAUUAAAAUCAUGUGGUAAUAGAAUAACAGAAUCUAUACUAGAAGGACCCCCUACUGAAGAUUCUAUUAUAGAUAUGGAGAAAAUAGAAGAAACUGAAGAAGGGUUUAUGAAAGUAUUUAAAGUAGAAGAUGAAACUAGUAGUGAUAGUCUACAAGUUAAUACUGAAUCUGAUGUAGAUAUAAUAGACCCUACUUUACCAUUAGUUACUAAUAUUAGACAUCUUUAUAAGAUUUUAGGGAUCCACAAUUUUCAUAUUUUAUGUCAUCAUGUAGUUAUUGGUAAUCAGAUUAUUGUUAUGGGUUCUGUUAAACAAUUAGUUGUGUCUAUUCUUAAUGCAUUAAAGAUUUUACUACCUAAAGGAUGUUGUAGAGUGGAAUAUUAUUCUGAUAAAUAUCAGGAAUCCUGGAAAUGUAACUUUCUGGGAUUAGAAUCCAAUGUGAAGCUUCCAAUACAUGUUAUGGCAUCAGAAAAGUUUGUAAUGCUAGAAGUUGUAUAUGAUGAUAGUUUAAAUGGCAGUCAGUUUGAUUCUCUAGACUCUGAUGUUGAAGAUUAUUUUAGAUCUUAUGAUUUUAAAAUGAGUAGUCCUGUUACACUUCAAGAAAGAGCACCUACAGUGUUAAAUAAAAUGGUAGCUGCUAUACAGAAUAAAAAUCUGAGUGAUAGUGUACUAGAACAAUGUUUUAUUUGUUUAAAGGAAGAAUGGAUGAACAAAGUGAAAGUAGUAUUCAAGUUUACCAAAGCUGGAGGUAAUAGAUCUAAAGAAGAUACAGAGAAAUUAUUACAAGUUAUGGGUGCUAAAGGGGAAGAACAGUUAUUAAAAUUCUGGAUGACAGGACUAAGUGCUCAAUAUAGAAAUCAUAUCUUAUCAUCCCAUGUACAGGCUAAAUCUUAAAUUGUAAACACUUUAGCCCAUCAACCUGAAUAAUCCCUGACAUACAACUGAACAUCCCUGUUUGAAAUCCCUUGUUAAGUACCAUGAAUUUCCCUAUAGUGUAAAUGAUGCUUUGACACUGACAAAUUAAAUGUAUUAUGAAGUUCAUAUACUGUAGGGCGUGAUAUUAAAAAUGGAGACAGUAAGACAAAGGAAUUGCAGAAUAUAUAUUCUUUUAAUUAGGUAUCUCUAUGGGCACAAAUAUGAGACACAUAAAUGUAGGUAUUCUUCCGAAAUAAAAUUAUGUUUACAUUAGUAUACAAUUGCAAAAGAAGAACGACAUGUCAUUUUUCUAAUCUUACUGUGCAGCUGUAAAUUUUGUUAUUCUCACAUUGCUUUAUUUUGUUACUUAAAUUGUUAAAAAAAGUAAAACAGAGUGACUCUUAUCAGGGAGGUUCUUUUCUCUCCUUCUUUUAAUUAGAUGAUCAAAAAUUAUUUACCAAGAAAAAGUUGCAUUAAAGUAAUUGUAAAGAGAUUUUCUGAAC